GGCCUGCCAGGACUGGAGCCGUCCCCGGGCACCGGCCGCCGGGAUGGCCUCCAGCUUUAAGAAGCCUUCGCUAGGAGCCGCGUCCCAGAGGAAGAAGGGGAGUCCCAAGCUGGAGCUCACUGAGGAGCAGAAGCAGGAGAUCCGGGAGGCUUUCGACCUGUUUGACACAGACGGCACCGGGAACAUAGAUGUUAAGGAGCUAAAGGUGGCCAUGAGAGCACUAGGUUUUGAACCUAAAAAAGAAGAGAUCAAGAAAAUGAUAUCAGAUAUCGAUAAGGAAGGAACAGGAAAAAUCAGCUUCAAUGACUUCUUGAUAGUGAUGACACAGAAAAUGGCCGAAAAAGAUUCCAAAGAGGAGAUUCUAAAAGCUUUCAAACUCUUUGAUGACGAUGAAACUGGCAAAAUCUCUUUCAAAAAUCUCAAACGUGUUGCCAAAGAACUGGGGGAAAAUCUCACAGAUGAAGAGCUGCAGGAAAUGAUUGAUGAAGCAGAUAGAGACGGGGAUGGGGAAGUGAACGAGCAAGAAUUCUUGCGGAUCAUGAAGAAGACCAGCCUUUACUGAGAGAUGAUUUUAUUUAUUUUUGCACAUAUGUAUAUAUGUUUGGUUGGUGCCUCACUUUUUUACAGUCUUUUAUUUCUUUUGAGAUGGCAGAAAAUGUAGGUCAAUAUGUUUUUUUAAGUGGAUGAUCUUAAACCCAUGUUUGUGAACAGUUACCAAGCGCUAACCUGUUUAUGUGUAGUAACGUGGGUGCUUGUUUGUGCUCAUAAGAUGUCUACACUCUUUGUUUUCAAUACACAAAUCACAUCUGUCAGUGACAGUG